AUGCAGCAAUUGCAACUUAUGCAGCAGCACAAUGCUCAAUUGCAAAAAAGGGAUCCUAACCAUCCUUCACUUGGUGGUCCUAUGAAUGCUAUGAACUCCGAAGGAAUGAUGGGGCAGCCAUCAGCCAGUGUACUGGCCAUGAAAAUGUACAAGGAGCGAAUGAAACAUCCUCAGUCAAUGGAUUCAGAGACAUCUUCAUUCGUACAAGGCAACUCUGGGAGCAUGUCUGCUGCUCUGCAGCAAAUGCAAGGACGAUCUCAAUUGACCACCGAUGUUAAAGCCGAAGUGAACUUGGGUGCAACUAAGAAAUCUUUGCCUAUGGAUCCUUCAUCAAUAUAUGGGCAAACAAUUUUGCAGUCAAAGUCUGGACUGGGCGGUGCAG